UCUACUUCCCAUCCUCCCCACCCCUCCGGGGGCUGGUGGGCCAACAUGUCCUUAAUGAGUAUUAAAACACUAUCUCUUCGCAAUUAGCUCAUUCCUUCGCCUGGCUUGCUGGAUUGACGCACAGCGCAGAAGGAGCUGGAGAAGCCCCGGCAAUUUCCCCUUUGGCGAUAAGUGCUGAUUGGGUCUCUCGCUCAAGCAAGCCUGCUCCAAACUUUUUUCUUCUUCUCCCUCCUCUCUCCCCUGCUAAAUGUUUGCCUUUAGUGUCUCUUGGCUGCGAGAAGAGGGAUUUCCCCCCCCUUAAAAAACCCACCUCUCCGAUAUUUAUUUUUUUCUUAUUUAUUGUUUUCGUCUUCUUUGAGAGAGAAGACGAGAAAGAAGAUAAUUUCUAUAUAGAUAUUUAUAUAUACCUAUAUACACCCAUAGAUAGAUAUAUACAGAGAGAACUAGCUACCUGCUAGGGCUGGGUUGGUUUUUAAUUUUUUCUGGGGGGUGGGGGUAUUUUCUCCGCCCCCCUCCCCUGCACCCAAGAAGAGAAAGUUGGACGUUUUGCUGGUUUUAGAGGGGGCAGAUAUUAAAAGGCUUUUUUUGCCAACUUUUGGGGGGCGAGAUGGCCCUUUUGGGAUAUUUCCUGUUUCUUUGUGGGUUGACCCAAGGUCUCUCAAGCUAUCCCAUCUGGUGGUCCUUGGCGAUUGGCCAUCAAUAUUCCUCCUUGGGAACUCAGCCCAUCCUUUGUGGCAGCAUCCCUGGCUUGGUGCCCAAGCAACUACGGUUCUGUCGGAACUACGUGGAGAUCAUGCCCAGCGUAGCCGAAGGAGUGAAAAUCGGCAUCCAGGAAUGUCAGCACCAGUUUCGCGGUAGGAGGUGGAACUGCACCACUGUAAACGACAGCUUGGCUAUCUUUGGGCCAGUGUUGGAUAAAGCCACCAGAGAGUCAGCCUUCGUUCAUGCUAUUGCCUCUGCUGGUGUGGCUUUUGCAGUGACCAGAUCCUGUGCGGAAGGAUCGGCCACCAUCUGUGGCUGUGACACACGGCACAAGGGUCCUCCGGGGGAAGGCUGGAAAUGGGGAGGCUGCAGCGAGGAUGUGGAGUUUGGGAGCAUGGUGUCUCGGGAGUUUGCGGAUGCACGAGAGAACAGGCCAGAUGCUCGGUCGGCCAUGAACAGACACAAUAACGAAGCUGGAAGGACGUCCAUUAUUGACCACAUGCACCUCAAAUGCAAGUGUCAUGGAUUGUCAGGCAGCUGUGAGGUAAAGACCUGUUGGUGGUCCCAGCCUGACUUCCGGGUUAUUGGCGACUACCUCAAGGACAAAUAUGACAGCGCUUCAGAAAUGGUGGUGGAGAAGCAUAGGGAAUCCCGCGGCUGGGUGGAGACACUGCGGCCCAAAUAUAACUUCUUCAAAGCACCAACCGAGAGGGAUUUGGUCUAUUAUGAGAACUCACCCAACUUCUGCGAGCCAAACCCUGAGACUGGCUCCUUUGGCACCCGCGACAGGAUCUGCAACGUCACUUCCCAUGGGAUUGAUGGUUGCGACCUCUUGUGCUGCGGGCGAGGACACAACACACGGACUGAGAAGAGGAAGGAGAAGUGCCAUUGUAUCUUCCAUUGGUGCUGCUACGUCAGCUGUCAGGAGUGCAUACGGGUCUAUGAUGUCCACACGUGCAAGUAAGAUGGGAUGGCCGUGGAAAAAGAAUCAAAGAUUACUUUUUUCUAUAGGAGAAAGUUGACUUCUUGAGAUCCACACACACUCACUCGCAGAAGCUAGCAUUGGUUGGCUAGAAUAGAUAUCAUUUCUUCUCGACCAUCACAUCUGGAUGUUAACCUUGCAAUUCCUGACAAACCGAGAUGCCAACCAACCAGCUGUUUUUGACCUUUUGCCCCACAGGAGACUGGUUUCUUUAACUAGUCAAAAACAUAGAGCUGGAUAGUGGACGGCAAGCAGGUUUCCAGAAGGUUCUGGUGUGUCUGCUCUUUCCUUUCAACUCACAUGGCAAAACUCGUGCUAUUAAGUGUCCUUUGAAUGUUGUGCAUCUUCCUGAAACAUGGCCUAUUUGUGCAUUAUGAGCAUGGAAGAAGCUUCUAGCGCAAUGACUCUUAAUGUUCCAGCCCAGCCUGUAGCUAAGUUUCUAUGUAUAGAAUUAACAACAGGUGGUGUGUUGUUGUUUUUAAAGGCCCUUGUUCAACCUCUCACAGGAACUGGAGGAACUUGCAAAUGACUCUUCACUCUGUGGAACUGCCAAACUUUGUAAUAUAUUCAAAUCCUGAACUGAUUGACAAUUCAGACAAUGCUUCUACUAUGGGAGAAGGAAACAGGAAGCGAGGUGGCACUUGUGUGUUAUGCUUGUUAAACAAUGUAAUAGACAGCCCACAACUGUGACAUUAUUUCCUAUGGUAAAAAUCUCUCUCUCUCUCUCUCUCUCUCUCUCUCUCUCUCUCUCUCUCACACACACACACACACACACACACACACACACUGUUACAUAUAUAUAUAUACAUAUGUACACCAUCUCACAGUUUCAAGUGGGCAUUGCUAAGGCACUGCUUAUUAGCCCACUUGUACUGGGUGGGAUUUUUACCAUAGGAAAUAAUGUCACAGUUGUGGGCUGUCUACUGGGAAUAUAACAUUGUGGCUUAAACAGUUGGCUCCCUCAGGAUCAACAGCAGGCCUCUGCGGACAAAAUGGCUGCCAGGCCUUACUGCGGUAGAUAGAUUGUUAAAUGACAUUAAAUCACAGUAAUCAAAAAGGUAGGCAAUUACACCCUUUCACCUUCAUACCCUGGGUCUUCAUCCAAGCCAUGCAAUAUGAGAAGUGAAAUGUUGAAUGGGCAUUCUUUGGAGCCAUCAUGAAUGUUCAGGCAGGUUUCUGAUCAAUGAAACCAUUUCAGCCAGAGUUUCUCAACUGAAAUGUGCAAAUUGCCCUUAUCUAGACAUACCCCCUCAAGCAUAACCCCAGAAUGGCGUAUCUGCAGUUCCCACAAAAUCAAAAACUUGGUAACUGACUCCAUUUUUCAUGUAGGUCAUGUUUUCAGAAGAAAAUCCUUCAAAGCUCAACUAGGGAGUUCAUACCGUUUCCAUUUUCCAGGGCAAAGAUGCAUAUUUUCUCUUUUGUUCAUCGCAUGACUAUUUGUGUGAUCAGACAGUUGAAACUGCAGACAUUGCAAACACUCCCCCCCCCCUCAGAUGGUUCAAUUUCCUCAGCAGAUACCUUGUUGGGGGUUUUCCUUGUUUAUAUAUACAGGGGGAAACAGAAGUCGUUCCAGUCAACAAAGCUGGCCUCCCACAUUGAGGACAUAGAUCUCUGAGGGGCCAGAAGUACCUGUCUUUCCCUGGCACACUCCCCAAGUUCCUGGUGUGCCUUGCAACACUCAAGCAAAAGUUCUGGAAGCCCUUUCAAGAUGGAAGGAUGUGUUGGCUGUGGAGAUGUACUUGAGGGUGAAUACAGAUAGCCAUUUACCUUAGCCUUAC